GCAUGGUGUGUCUUUAAUUUCUGUAGCAAAAAAUUUGGAUGGUCCAUCAAGUGAUUCAACCGAUCUAAACCACAUGGUCGCCAUGCCUCACAGCUGCCACAAGUUAUGGCAUCCGUCUUCUCCAAUCCCCAGCUUAAAACCCUGCGCUUCUCUUCUAUUCACACCCCAAAAUUAUCAACCAAAAAUUGUCAACACUGUAAAUGAGAAUAAUGAAAGAAGACAGUCAUCAGCAGGCAGUAUCAGACGACAGGUUUUAACCAAGGAAGGUAGAACCAAACUCAACGCCUUCUCCGACAGAGAAUUCUAUGCUUAUCCUCGGUUCGUGACCCAUGUGGAUGAUGGGUUCAUUUCCACAUUGUCCAAUCUUUACAGGCAACGGCUGAAGCCUGGCUCGGAGGUUCUUGACCUCAUGAGCUCAUGGGUUAGCCAUCUUCCUGAAGAAGUCGUGUUUAAAAGAGUGGUUGGACAUGGGCUCAACGCACAAGAGCUCGCCAAGAAUCCCCGGCUGGACUAUUUUUUUGUGAAGGAUCUUAAUCAGGAUCAAGAACUUGAGUUCCAAGAUGGCAGCUUUGAUGCGGUGCUGUGUACUGUCAGUGUGCAGUAUCUUCAACAGCCCGAGAAGGUGUUUUCUGAAGUUUUUCGGGUGCUGAAACCUGGGGGAAUAUUCAUUGUGAGCUUUAGCAAUAGAAUGUUUUAUGAGAAAGCCAUCAGUGCGUGGAGAGAAGGGAGUGCAUACAGUCGUGUACAGUUGGUUGUGCAGUAUUUUCAAUGUGUUGAGGGAUUCACACAAGCAGAAAUUGUUCGAAAAUUACCAGAGGCUGCUGGUGCUGCUCAAAAGGAGCAAUCGCCAUUCAAAUGGUUUAUGAGGCUGAUGGGGUUGUUGUCUGGUUCAGAUCCUUUCUAUGCAGUAAUUGCUUACAAGAACUUUAAGCCCGUAUAUGAACGAAAUCAAUCUCUCUACUUAUAACAAAAAAACUAUUAUGUAAUGCCGUGAAUUGCUUUUGCCUUUUCAUUUUGGAUUAGUUGUUCUUUUCUUGAUUACUAAUAGAAAAAUACUCUCAAUUCCAUUA